AUGACGUAAUCCCGAGUGUGCUUUGCUUAACGACAGUGUGUGCUGUGGAGGUCAGGAAGAGAGAACGGGGAGGAUAGAAAAAUAAGACGUGAAUCUAUUAUCAUAUAAUACAAUAGAUAUUUUUUGGAAGAGUAAUAUCGGCGGGGCAUUGCGCCAGUAAAUACAUAUAAGUUUUAUGAAGAUUUGCCUGUCAUCACUCUGAAAUAUUUAUUAACACGCACCAGACUGUCACAGAGUCUACUACACUAGACAGUAUUCUCAAUUGUUCAUCUUUGUCCGGUUCGAUUGGUCCCGGUUCUGAUACACAAACAGCAGAGCGAUGGAUAACGCAUCCGGAGCAGGCGGUUCGGGGUCCAGAGCCGGAUUCGGGAGUCUCUUUGGAGGGGGAACACCUGAGUAUUCAAAUACGGAACUAGCCGGGGUGCCGUUGACAGGAAUGAGCCCCCUCUCCCCCUACCUCAAUGUGGACCCCCGUUACCUGGUGCAGGACGGCGAGGAGUUCAUCCUGCCAACAGGAGCCAAUAAGACGCGAGGACGCUUCGAGCUGGCCUUCUUCACCAUUGGGGGGUGCUGCAUAACAGGCGCUGCAUUCGGAGCUGUGAACGGACUCCGGCUUGGCCUGACAGAGACUCGGGACAUGCCCUGGUCCAAACCGCGCAACGUGCAGAUCCUGAAUCUGGUGACACGACAGGGGGCAGCGUGGGCCAACACCCUGGGAUCGCUGGCUCUGCUGUACAGUGCGUUCGGGGUGAUCAUUGAGAAGACGCGCGGAGCAGAGGAUGAUCUCAACACCGUGGCAGCCGGGACGCUGACUGGAGUGCUGUACAAAUCCACAGGUGGUCUGCGAGGCAUGGCCCGCGGGGGGCUGAUGGGUCUGGCACUCACAGGACUCUAUUCUCUCUACAACAACUGGGAGCACAUGAGGGGCAGCUCCCCCCGCCAGUCCCUCUGAUGCUGGAACCCUCUGUCACACACACACACCCACCCAUCGCGACCGGAAUGGCUCGUUCUCAACCUCCACGCCCGUUGACUGGCCAGGGUGUACCAUCUCUCACCUCAGAAGAGGGGUUUCUUCCCAUUCCUGCUCUGGACUUUAUGAUGAUGGUGUAAAUAUCAGGACACUUUCAAGUGCUGCCGCUGCAGUAAACAGACAGAGGAGCUGUAAUGGUUUGAAUGAGGCUUGUUGAGCAGUCCAUCUGUGACGCAGUCUCUUCUCCUUCUUCUAUCAUUCAGAAAGAUACACAUUAAACCUGGACCUUGAUUGUUUAAGUAGAGAACUGCCUGUGUGUUCCAAAAGAAUGGUCUAAAGACACAUGGCUGUGAUUGUGUGUGUUUAGAUUCUUCCCACCCCCGUUAGUGUUCAUUCACAUUUCUGUACCACACUGGCUUGCUUGCGGUGGCCUUCCUUUUUUUAGAGAAGGAGGAACUGUAUCUAACUGUGAAAGACACUUGACUCCCCCGGUAGGAAACAAAAUAAACUGAUGAACUUUU